AUGGACAAGAAGUCGUUUUUGAUAAGCUGGUGCCAGAAGAAUGCUUGCGAGCCCGUGUUCGUGGUACGACCGACGGGGCCAAAGCAUCGGCAACGUUUUCUGUGCGAGGUGCGAAUCGCCGGCAUCCAGUACAUCGGUGUUGGCAAUUCUACCAACAAGAAGGAUUCCGAAAAGAAUGCAUCGCAAGAUUUCGUAAGCUAUUUGGUUCGGAUUGGCAAAAUAGCGGAAGAUGCGGUACCGUUGGAUACUUCCGCUGCACCCUCAGCGAAUGAUAAACCGGAUGCGGCUAACGUACAGGCCGGUCCAUCGGCUUCCCGUGCACCACACGGACAGGGGAAUAUAUUCAUGAAAGGGUUCGUCCCGCAGGAUUUGGGCCAUGCGUACCGGCCGUACGUUCCAUCGAAAGAAGAUAUCAAGCGGGAACAGGAUAAUUUGGAAUCAGCCGAAUCGCUCGAUGUGAACGCUUCGAUUCACGGCAAUUGGACGAUUGAGAAUGCUAAAUCGAAGCUUAACCAAUGGAUGCAGCAUCACAAAAUAAAGGCAGAAUUUAAGUAUACCUCUAUCGGACCGGACCAUGCCAAGAGCUUUAUAUCCGAGAUGACCGUCUACGUGAAGCAACUGAACCGUUCGAUAACGGGUCGCGAAUCCGGUUCGAACAAACAUUCGGCCAGCAAAUCUUGCGCGUUGUCGCUUGUACGACAGCUAUACCAUUUGGGUGUUAUUGAGGCUUUCUCGGGAUCGCUCAAGAGUGCAACCACAUCGGAACAGAUAGCGGCCUAUCCGGUGAAAAUUUCUCACCAGCUUGCUAAACGCGUACACGAAUGUUUGAUGGAGCUGGAAAUACAACCGGUGAAGGUGAAUGCAUCCCAAGCAACUGGGAAGGACACCGUCAGCCUGAUGCACGCCUCGGACGAUGUGCAUUUUAAGCCCCAAUCGACUAACUUGCAGCAACCGGCUUCGGUUAUCUCAUGGUCACCGCCCCAACCGAACUGGAACCCAUGGUUGGGUUGUAACAUUGACGAAGGUUACCUAGCAACAGCAACGCUCGAGCAGUUGAGUGAGGAUUUGUUGCACGAAAGCCGCAAUAUGCUGCGAGACAAUCAAGAACUACAUAAGAGUAUGAUGACGCGCGAAAAGCUUCCCAUUUCAGCGAUGCGCCGACCGAUCAUGGAAGCGAUUAAUGACCAUCCGGUGGUGCUGAUCCGCGGCAACACGGGCUGUGGUAAAACGACCCAGAUCGCACAAUUCAUCCUGGAGGAUUACAUUAACUCGGGCCAGGGUGCGUACUGCAACGUGUGCGUUACGCAGCCAAGACGCAUAAGCGCGAUCAGUGUUUCGGAGCGCGUGGCUAAUGAGCGGUGCGAAAAUUUGGGCUGUGCGGUAGGAUAUUCCGUACGGUUCGAUUCCGUACUGCCGCGCCCGUACGGUUCGAUACUGUUCUGCACAAUUGGGGUACUGUUGCGCAAGCUGGAAGGAGGCCUUCGGGGCGUUUCGCACGUUAUCGUGGACGAAAUUCACGAGCGCGAUGUGAACAGCGAUUUCAUAUUGGUCGUGCUGCGCGAUAUGGUUCACACGUAUCCGGAUCUGCGCGUAAUACUCAUGUCGGCCACCAUCGAUACGUCGCUUUUUUCACGCUACUUUGGCGAAUGUCCUGUGCUGGAGGUGCCGGGUCGUGCGUUCCCGGUUGAGCAGAUGUUUCUGGAGGAUUGCAUUGAGAUGUUGAACUUUAAACCUUCUCCACCGGAAGGUGCUGCGGCAAAGCGAAAGCGCGGCAAGGACGGUGAGGAAGAGGGUGAUGGAGGUGCAGAGUAUGAUCCGGAUGUGCAGGAAAGUGGCAACCUGAAUGAGGUGAUAGAUGAAACUGUAUAUUCGCCACAAACCAAGCAGGCGAUGAGUAUGAUGGUGGAGUCCGAUACACCGUUCGAGCUGAUCACUGCGCUGGUGGAUUAUGUGGAUCAACAGGGCAGACAGGGCGCCGUGCUUGUCUUUCUUGCUGGAUGGAACAUGAUAUUUGCCCUGAUGCGACAGUUGCAGACGCGACCAAAUUUGGUCGUGUUGCCGUUACACUCCCAGCUUCCGCGAGAGGAUCAGCGGAAGGUGUUCAAUCACUACGGGCAGCGGCGCAAGGUAAUCUUGGCUACAAACAUUGCCGAGACGUCUAUUACGAUCGAUGACAUUGUUUACGUGAUUGAUACGUGUAAGGCGCGUAUGAAGUUGUUCACUUCACACAACAAUAUGACGAACUAUGCGACUGUAUGGGCCGCCCGGACAAACCUCGAGCAGCGCAAGGGGCGUGCUGGUCGGGUCCGUCCCGGCAUGUGCUUUACGCUCUGCUCGCGAGCUCGUUUUGCAAAGCUAGAGGAAAACCUCACGCCCGAAAUGUUCCGCACGCCGCUGCACGAGCUGGCGCUCAGCAUCAAGUUGCUCCGGUUGGGUGCGAUCGGCAAGUUCCUGUCGAAAGCGAUCGAACCACCGCCGCUCGACGCUGUCAUCGAGGCGGAAGUGUUGCUAAAGGAGAUGCGAUGCUUGGACGAAGCGGAGCAGCUAACACCGUUCGGAAGAAUUUUGGCCCGGUUGCCGAUUGAACCGCGCCUGGGCAAGAUGAUGGUACUUAGCACAUUGUUUGGGCUGUGCGACACAAUCACGACGAUGGCCGCGUACUCGGGCACGUUUUCCGAGGUAUUCCUGCUGGAGUUAGGCCAGCGUCGUUUAAUGAACCACCAGAAGGCACUUAGCGGUCAAACGCACUCGGAUUACGUGGCGCUGCAGACGGCUUUUGAGAUGUGGAGCAAAAAGCGCGCUAUAGGCGAAGAAGCAGAAAUUCGAUUCUGUGAAUGGAAAGGACUCCAAAUGCCCACGCUACGUACGAUUUCCGAAGCAAAGAAGCAGCUGAUGGAGAACCUUUCGCUGGCUGGGUUCCCACAGGAUACAAUGAUGCCAUUCAGGUUCGAUCCGGAAAACCCCGAUCCGGAUCUGGAAAUGGCGAUGGCACUGUUGUGCGUCGGACUUUACCCGAAUGUGUGCUUCCACAAGGAGAAACGGCGUGUCCUGACGACGGAAUCGAAAGCUGCCCUCAUCCACAAGACGUCGGUGAACUGUAGCAACACGCCGACCACCUUCCCGUAUCCAUUUUUUGUGUUCGGCGAAAAGAUACGCACCCGAGCCGUAUCCUGUAAGCAAAUGUCCAUGGUUACACCGAUCCAUCUGCUGUUAUUCGGCUGUAAGAAAGUCGAAUGGUCAAACGGCUCGGUACGAAUCGAUAAUUGGCUCAACCUGAACAUGGAUCCGUACGAUGCCGCCAUGAUACUGGCGUUGCGACCCUGCCUGCAGGAUCUUUUGGUACAAAUAUCCGAAAACCCGGACAGCAUCAGUUCCCUCGCACCGAAACACAUGAAUAUGCUGAAGGUGGUAAAGGAGCUGUGCGCGUUCAGUGCGGGUGAUUACGAAAUUGAGCGUCCGGUGAGAAGCUCGUUUGGGCAGGGGGUACGAUCCCAUCCACCGAAGAUGCCGCGAUACGAUGGUGAGAGUAGUGACCGUGCGGGCCCUAGUGGCGAUGGUGAUGCAGGUAGCAUCUACAAACCGGGAGGAAACAUGGGUAACUUCCAAAAUGACGGCAAUCGGAGUUAUGGAUCGGGAUAUGGAAAUAACAAUGGGUAUGGUAAUAAUCGAUCAAACUUCCGAUACUUUAACAAUUCGAUGGGAAAUUCCACCCCCAACGAUCGUUACUCGGGAGCAGGGGAUAAUGGUGGUUCGUACGGCAGAGGUUCCAAUUACCAGGGUGGAUAUUCUGGUGGAAACCGCGGCGGUUAUGGUGGAGGUGGAAGAAAUUUCCAGCGCGGACGAGGUGGAUGGUAG